UUAUUUAAUAUAUUUGUUCCAAGUUUUAUGUUUUCGUUUUAAUGUUUUAUUCAAGUCUAUUUUUUUUGUUUUAAUCUAUGUUUUAUAUCACAUGUUUCUCUGCAACAUACCUAAUUUUUAUGUUUAUUCUAAUGCUCAUACAGUCUAAUUUUAGUUCAAAGUCUUGUCAUUGUGCCGAUGGCAAGGCUUGUAAUGUAGAUACAGGCGAAUGUCCUGAAUCUAAAUGUAGUCCCGGUUGGCAAGGACCUCCAAUAUGUGAUGAUGACAUUGACGAAUGUGCCAACCCAGAAACUACAUGUCCAGAUGAACAGCCUGAUUGCAUGAACACUCCCGGCUCGUUUCUUUGUUUUUGUGUUGAAUACGAUAACCAAACAGGAUUGUGUGUAUCCCCCCAACCAGAUUCUCCUUUUUCAACAAAUAUUGCUUUAGAACCUUCAACAGAAGCUUCUUCUAUUUCUCAUCAAAAUUUAAUUUUUUCUAAGGAAGAGGGAAAAGAAAGAAUUCAAGUUCCAAUAGCUUCUCUUUCAUUAAUUCCUCAAUUAGGGCCUAAAACAAAAAAUACUUUAACAAAUACUAGACGUCAACAAGAAAGGCAACCUUUAGGAAUUAAUAAUGAAGCAAUAAAUAAUAAUGGAUUGUCAAUUAAAGUUUUGCCUGUUACUAUUCAGCCUUUAUUUGCCGGUGUACGCCCUUCUCAUCCUUCUCCACCAAAUAAUUUAUCUCCUCAUCUCUCUCAACAAUCGUCCUUGAAUGAAUUAACGCCUUUAUUACCUUCUAAUCCUUCCAAUAUUCCUCUAUUAUCCCAGUCAAAAUUUCGUCACCAUCCAAAUCUACCUCCAAUCCCCUCAACAUCAAUACCCAAAACAACAACAACACUUAUUCCUUCAUCUAAUUUAAUUUUUGCUGAUUGUCAUCGUCAAUGUAUAGCCGAACAAGGUAUCUGUCUAGAAGGGGGAGAAUGUAGAUGUGCCCCAGGAUGGCAAGGAGAUGGAAGAGCAUGUUUGGAUAUAGAUGAAUGUGCUUCUAAAAAUGAAAAAAUUUGUGGUUCAAAUGCUGAAUGUCAAAAUCUUCCUGGUUCUUAUCAGUGUGUUUGCAACUCAGGUUUUGUUGCUAACCCUAAUGGUCAAGGAUGCCUUGACGUUGACGAGUGUGCAGAGAGUGCUGUACUUAAUACUUUGGAGAAUGUUUGUCCACACGCAAAUACCCGCUGUCAAAACACAAUCGGCGGUUUUCACUGUGAAUGCUCACCUGGGUUUAAUGGCGAUCCAAAUAACGGGGAAGGGUGUAAUGAUAUUGAUGAAUGUUUAACUGCUGAAUAUUAUUGCGGAAAACACGCAACCUGUGUUAAUCUAAUAGGCUCUUUUCGAUGUGAUUGUAAUGCCGGGUUUGAACGUCAAUCAAACUCCAAUCAUUGUCAAGACAUUGAUGAAUGUGCGGAUGCUUCAAAUUGUCAUAAAGGAUCAGCAAUAUGUACAAACUUGGAAGGAAGUUUUCAUUGUGAAUGUAUUGAAGGUUUUAUUGGUGAUGGCCGUCAAUGCCAUGGUAAAUCUUAA